UGGGACCAGGGAGAGAGAGUAAUGAUGGGAAUGGAAGGGUGCUGCCUCAGGGACCAGUCAGCUCCUCCAGAGCAGACAUCCUGUGAAGACCCAGCAGCUCUACACCAGGGCAGGCCAGCGCUGACAGGUGCAUCCUCUUGAGCCAAGGCAGCACAUCAGCUAAUUGCAGAGCAUGUUGUUAACAGGCCGAAAUUAAAGGUCCCACCCAGACGUAAAGGAUGCCACUCUGGAUGUUCUUGGUGAUCCUCACUCUCACCAGCGUCUCCCAAUGCUCACUGACUCCCUCGCUUCCCUUCAGGGUGCGGCGCCACAUAGACGCCAUCUUCACCAACAACUACAGGAGAGUUCUGACCCAGAUGUAUGUCCGCAAAAUGCUCCAGGACAUCAUGAACCAGCAGCAGAGCCAAAGGGAGAAGAACGAGAAACAAGGAAGCAGGCUCAGCCGUGACGCAGACAGCACGUGGGAAGACAAGCGGAUAACACUGGAUGGCAUCUUGGUAGCCCUGAGGCAGAAGCACGGGGAUUCCUAAGGAUGAAGGCUUCAGCGGAUGCUUGAGCCUCCUGGCCCCCAAACACAACAAGUAACUUCUACUUCACCUCUGACCUUUUUCUGCCUCUGUAAAUAGAAUAAAACCCUCCAUCCUCAUCUGCA